AAAAAUAGUUUAUUGAAUAAAAUAUAUGUACUUACGAAUGUUUUAAAUAUGAUAAAUUAAAAUAAAUUCGAAAUGAGUUGUUUGCUACAAGGGCUCGUAUUCCUUCUUGGGAUAUAUUUUUGCGAUGGAGGUUACGGGGUCCCUGCACCGCCAUCUUCAUUAGAAAGCAACCCUCAAAGCGACGUCCAAGCACCAGCAUACCUUCCACCCAGUUUGAAAAAUGCUCCAGAAGACUCUUAUCCCAGCGUCCCAGCCGACAGGAGUUACAGAUACAGCAAAACCAGAUAUUCUGGCACAAAAACCGGUUACGGUGGUACAAAAACUGGGUAUGCAGGCACGAAAACCGGAUACCACGGUACGAAAACAGGUUACGCGGGUACGAAGACCGGAUAUCAUGGUACCAAAACUGGUUAUGCUGGAACAAAAACCGGAUAUGGAACUAAAACCGGGUAUUCUAAUGCUUACGGCGAGAAAAAGACUUGGUAUACUAAUAAUGCCCCCACAUACCAAGAAUUUCAGAGCAAUGCCAAUGAACCAUAUGCACCUAAGUGCGACCCGGAUUGCAAGAACAGCGGUAUCUGCGUAGACACCAACACUUGUCAAUGCCCAGCUAACUUCCAUGGUAGAUACUGCGAGUUCGAGAGGAAACCCUGCUUGGUUUACCCGCCGCUGCCCAUGAAUUCCAGGAGGAACUGCUCCAGCGAUUUCUGUACCGUACAAUGUCGUGACGGCCACAAGUUCCCGGAUGGUUCCACCAUCGCCAACAUGCGAUGUAUCGAGGGGCAGUGGCAGCCAACUAGAGCUGAUUUCACGACGAUACCCGACUGCCAGCCGGAGUGUGACCCCCCGUGCCAAAACGGGGGGGUGUGCCUUUCCAUCAACACGUGCCAGUGCCCCGACGGAUUUAAGGGGCCGGCGUGUCAGUAUUCGGCGGCCGUGUGUGAUAUGCGCAAGUUAGCCUUCAACGGCGGCUACUCGUGCUACGGCGACGACGAGUCGUUCUCGUGCAAGCUGCGUUGUCCGAGCGGUUCCACGUUCAGUUCCCCGCCCGCCACCGUUUACACGUGCAAAUACAGCACGGGGGAGUUCGAGCCGCAACCGGUGCCGCAUUGCGUUUUCAAGGACGUUAUGAUCAUCACACCGAGCAAUUACGUCAACAAGACCUACGAAAGCAGUGUGAGAUGGAACAGUUCAACCAGCGGUAGCAGCCAUAGUUACGGUUACGGCAUGAGCGAGACCCACCGUGAGGGUAGUUACGGCAGGGAGGGUAGUUACGGCAAAGACGGUGGUUACGAAAUCAGCGAGAGUUACGGAGAAGGCCACGGGGAGGGGAAAUACGGGGCGGGGGGUGCCAUGACAGUGGUCAUCCAGGAUUUGACGCCCAAAGGCGGCACUUGCUUGACGUGGGCUGGGGUGCAUUACAAGACCUUCGAUGGGAUAAUUUACAGCUUCCAAUCUCCCUGCCAACACGUGUUGGUCCGAGACACCGCAGAGCAUAAGUUCACGAUAGCAGUGCGCCAUGAGGACUGCAAGAAACCGGUUUGUCCCAGCGAGCUGACCAUCUAUCUGGAAGACAAGCCUUAUGUGUUAGCAGUUGGCGAGGACGGCACCGUGGCGUUCCGCAGCACCAAACGGCUGAUCCCGAUGCCGGCGGCGCUUCCCGGCAUCCGCGUGUCCUCGCCCGGGGACUACGUGCUGGUCACCCUGGACGCGGCCGGGGUCACCAUCAAGUGGGACACCAACAAUCUGGUGGCAGUAGAGGGAUCGGUACAGCUAUGGAACAAUACGGAAGGUUUAUGCGGAAAUCUGGACGGGAACCCGGACAACGAUCUUAAGACCAAGCAAGGAACCAUCGCAGUUUCUAAGACUGCUUUGGCAUCAUCGUGGCAGCUCAAUAAAAUUGGAGAUAUUUGCGAAAGCAGUCCGACCGAAGUCAAUGCAUGCUCCUCUAAAGGCGACGAAGAUAUGAAAAAAGCGCUUCAGUUCUGCACAAAAAUAUUCAGCAAAGAGAAAUUCAGGAAAUGUUCAAAGGUGAUGGAUGUAUCAAUGCUGCUGGAAACGUGUCAAUGGGAUUACUGCGCCUGCGCAACAAGUUUGAGUCCUGAAGAAUGCGCGUGUAGGACGGUGUCCGUGUACGCCAGGGAGUGUCUGAGGCACGGCGUGGAGGAGAUGAGGUCCUGGAGGGACGACGACACGUGCCCUGUACAGUGUCCCGAAGGCAAGAUCUACAAAUCGUGCGGUCCAGACUCCCAACCAAGUUGUAUGUUGCCACAGCUCAUUGGGAAAGUUGAUAAUACAACCUGUAGUGAAGGCUGCUUCUGUCCUGAGGGACUGCUGUUGGAGGGGGGACGAUGUGUGCCCAAAGCGGAGUGCCCUUGUAGACUGAGGAACAGGAGUUUCAAGCCUGGACAGUCGAUCAAGAAGGAGUGUAAUACCUGCACGUGCGCGGCGGGCGCGUGGGCGUGCUCGCAGGCGGCGUGCGGCGCGCGCUGCGGCGCGGUGGGCGACCCGCACUACACCACCUUCGACGGCCGCCGGUUCGACUUCAUGGGGCACUGUACUUACAACCUGCUGAAGACCGACAACUUCACUGUUGAGGUGGAGAACGUGGCGUGCUCGGGGGCUAUCACUGAGGCAAUGAACCUAGCGCCGUACAAGGGAGAAGGCAAGCCGUCUUGCACCAAAGCGGUGACCAUACACUUCGACGGGGCGGACAUCCAUCUGAAGCAGGGAGGGUUCAUCCUGGUCAACGGGAAGGAGGUCACGGCACUCCCGGUCGCCGUCGGGAAGGUCAGGAUAAGGGCUGCCUCGUCCUUGUUCAUCAUUGUGCAACUGCCCAUAAAGGUUGAUGUUUGGUGGGACGGCCAAACCAGGGUUUUUGUCGACGUACCACCAGCUCUGCAAGGGAAAACACAGGGUCUCUGCGGCACAUUCAACUUGAACCAAAAAGACGACUUCCUGACUCCUGAAGGCGACAUCGAGCAGUCGACAUUGGCAUUCGCCAACAAGUGGAAGACCAGGGAACUGUGCGAUGACGUCAUGGCCACAGAACCAGAGCAUCCUUGUAAAGCCAACGUGGAGAAUAAAGAGGCCGCUGAGAAGUACUGUAGUAGACUGAAGACUAGUCUGUUCCAAGAGUGCCACUGGUACGUGGACGUGGAGCCGUACUACGAGGCGUGCCUGUACGACAUGUGCGCGUGCGCAGGCGACGUGUCCAAGUGUCUGUGCCCCAUACUCGGCGACUACGCCAUGGCGUGCGCGCAGAACGGCGUACAAGUGCAGUGGCGGUACAAUGUUAAAGAAUGCGAGCUGCAAUGCCCCGGCGGGCAGGAAUACACGGUGUGCGCAGACAGCUGCCUGCGGCAGUGCGCGGACGCAGCGCUCGCCACGGCCGGCUGCCGCCCGCGCUGCGCCGAGGGCUGCGCCUGCCCCGCCGGACAGUUGCUAGACGAAAGCGGCGUGUGCGUGCCAGUUGGCCUGUGUCCGUGCUACCACAAGGGGAUGAAGUUCAACGCCGAGUAUAAGGAAGUGAGGCCUGGAAGGCGCGAGAGGGAGUUAUGCACAUGCGUAGGCGGCGUUUGGGAAUGCGUUCCAGCGACGCCGGACGACAUAGCGAAGUACCCUCCGGCUGAAGACUUGAAAUCAAAUUGUAGUGCCACAAAGAAUAUGGAGUUUACCACGUGCGAGAUAUCUGAGCCUUUGACUUGCAAGAACAUGCACCUACCCCCAUCCCGAACAAGUGAGGAAUGCCGCCCUGGUUGUCAGUGUAAGAAGGGCUACGUCCUGGACACGACUUCCAAACAAUGCGUGUUGGCCAGCCAGUGUCCUUGUCACCACGGGGGACGAAGCUACGCUGAUGGUCACAAGAUGCAGGAGGAAUGUAACACUUGUGAAUGCAAGAGCGGCAACUGGUCGUGUACGGAACGCCAAUGCGCAGGUGUUUGCACCGCGUGGGGUGAUUCUCACGUCGUCACCUUCGACGGGGCGGACUACGAUUUCGAAGGAGUCUGUACUUACUUACUGGCAAAAGGCUCCAUGGACGCGGAUGACGGCUUUGACGUCGAAAUACAGAACGUGCCUUGCGGAACCACUGGCGCCACUUGCUCCAAAUCAGUGGUUCUCAAAGUGGGCACCCCUGGCAACGAGGAAGUUGUCUCACUUAUAAGAAACUCGCCAUUGCCUGAUGCAUCCAAACUCAAAAGGAUCAAGCUGCGUAUAGCGGGCGCGUACGUAUUUCUGGACGUACCCUCGCUGGGAGUGACCCUGCAGUGGGACCGGGAACUGCGCGUGUACGUCAAGGUGGACUCGCUGUGGCAAGGCAGGUUGAAAGGUCUAUGCGGCAACUACAACUCGGACACGCGCGAUGACUUCCAGACGCCAUCUGGCGGCGGCAUGGCGGAGUCCUCACCACUCAUAUUCGCAGACUCCUGGAAACUUAAGUCCACUUGCCCGAAACCUCUGCCUGUUGGGGACCACUGCAAACAACGUCCGGAGCGCAACGAAUGGGCGAGCACAACGUGCGGAGCCCUAAAACGUUUCCCGUUCUCCCUGUGCCACUCGGAAGUGCCGGCGGACAAGUGGGUGUGGCGGUGCGAGCGGGACGCGUGCGCCUGCGACGCGGGCGGCGACUGCGCGUGCGCGUGCGCCGCGCUCGCCGCGUACGCGCGCGCCUGCGCCGCGAGGGGCGUGCUGGUUAAGUGGAGGACGCAGGAGCUUUGUCCUAUGCAGUGCGACGAAGAGUGCUCUAACUACGACGCUUGCGUGUCUCCGUGUCCGCUAGAGACGUGCGACAACACACUCCAUUACGCAGACCUGCGCACGCGCUGCGAACAAGACGAGUGUGUCGAAGGUUGCAAGCCCAAGAAGUCAUGUCCCGAAGGCUCGGUCUACAUCAACAGCUCGUACACGGAAUGCGUUCCCCGUGCUAAAUGUAAACCCGUUUGUAUGGUCCUGGAGGACGGCACGGAGGUUCCCGAAGGAGGGAUCAUUGAAGAGGACGCGUGCCACACCUGUACAUGUUCCAAGAAGCAUAAAGUGUGCACUGGACAGCCUUGCUCCACGAUUGCGCCGACUGAAGUGACUACUUUGGCGACUUCUCCGAAGCCCCACGACGAACCCCUCAAAUGCGUGUCCGGGUGGACCGAGUGGGUCAGCAAGAACACGCCGGAGGUCAACGCCAAGGGACAGUCGGUGGACUUGGAGCCACUGCCGGAACUAAAGGACCUGCAAAUCGGCUUAUCAAUGUGCAAACGCGACAACAUGACGAAGAUCGAAUGCCGAACUAAAAUAAACCAUCAGACGCCCAAAGAAACCGGUUUAGACGUAGAGUGUAGCCUGGAGCGGGGACUAGUAUGUAAAGAGACUGGAAACACGUGUCCCGAUUUUGAGAUACGAGUGUAUUGCGAAUGUGAAGACGAAUUCCAAUGCCUGAACGCGGACCGCCCCAGCUACCCGCACCCCAGGAACUGCGCGCAGUUCUACGAGUGCACGCCCGACCUCAUGAACCCUGAACAGCCGCACACGGUGCUGAAGAACUGCGCCGAAGGCACCCUGUAUAACCCCAAAACCAUGGUGUGCGAUUGGCCCUCGACCGUGUUCGAAAUUCGGCCUGAAUGUAAUACUGUAACAGAAAUUGAGACAACACCCGGAACGUAUCCUGAUACUACAAACCACAUCGAGACCAUACCUCCAACUUCAACUCCUGCGCCGACCACGGUGGGUCCGUGCGGUCCGGGCAAAGUGCUGAAGCCGUGCGCGUACCCGUGCGACCAACUCUGCGACCACUUCCAGAAGACGCUCAACGAGAAGGGACUCUGUAAACCGGGAGAGAAAUGUGCAGAAGCCUGCGUGGACGAAGCCCUGGAGGACCAGGAAUGUGGCAAAGGGUCCAUGUGGCGCGAUGAGAAGGCUUGCGUGCCCGUCAAAGACUGCACGUGUUACUCCGAAGGGAAAGUCAUUAAGCCUGGCGGAGUCAUUACCAGCGACUGCAUGAAAUGCCAGUGCCUCAACAACGAUCUCCACUGCGACACGAGCGACUGUCUCCCCCCACCAGAACCCACCACCCACGAACGCCUCAUCGCCACUACCACCCGGGAACGGCUGUUGGGAGUCCCGUUUACUACCACUACCGAAGCUACAACCACCAAAGCCACCACGCCGCUGAUUAUUUUGAACACGGCGACACCACCACCUGAAUGCUCUCCAGACAGCUACAAGAACCUACUAUGGGGCGACGAGCCACUCCCCCCCACAGCAUUCUCCGCCAGCUCCGUCUCCAACGACUUCUUCAAACCGCAGCAUGCUAUUCUCGACGGCUCUACUACUGAUGACAGCGCUGGCAGUUGGACUCCCGAGGUGAUGGAUCAGCAUCAAUACAUCCAAGUGGAGUUCCCACGACCUGAACCUGUCUACGGGGUGGUGAUGCAAGGCAGCCCAAUCUUCGACCAGUACGUCACCAGCUACCAACUCAUGUACGGAGAUGAUGGUACCGCCUUCUCCAUGGUGAACGAUCUUGAUGGCAAGCCUAAGGUGUUCCGCGGCCCAGUUGACCACAAGACCCCCAUGAAGCAGAUGAUUGAGCCUCCAAUUGAGGCGAAAGUCCUUCGAAUUCAUCCUCUCACUUGGCACAAGGACAUUGCCGUGCGGUUCGAGGUGAUAGGAUGCCAGGAGCCGAAGACGACUGAAGUCACAACCACUACUACUCUCUCUCCAAUCCAAUGCACGGACCUACUUGGCUUAGCAGCAGACCUGCCGGUCGAUAACAUCGAGGUCAGCUCGAACAACGAUGCGCGGGAGUUCUUCAAGUUGGAUGGCGAUCGCGGCUGGAGACCCGCUUACAGUACGCCAGGGGAAUGGAUUAUGUUUGACUUCACGGCGCCUCGUAACCUGACCGGCAUCAAGACUAAAGGAGGGCCCAAGGGCUGGGUGACCGCGUACAACGUCAUGUACACGUCUGACCUCAGCACUUUCAAUCCGGUCGUCGACAGCGAUGGAAGUCAUACGGUGUUCCCUGGUAACUUCGACUCUGAUACUGUGGUGAGCAACCAGUUCCGCCUGCCAAUACACGCGCGGUAUUUGAAAGUGUUACCUCUGAAAUGGAAAGACGCCAUCGAAAUGAGAAUUGAGCCAAUCGGAUGCUUCGAGCCUUACCCCGCGCCCCCCACCGCGGCCCCGCCACUGGCUACAUCCCGGGCGCCGUGCUCGCUGUGCCCGGGCGUGCCCGGCGUGACGUCAUGCGCGUGCGCCGCGCCGCUCUACUACGACGGCGAGGACUGCGUGCCCCGGGACCAGUGCGCUUGUGUAGAAGGGUUCAUGACAUACGCUGUGGGGUCGACGUUCCGCGGCGCGAACUGCGACGAGUGCGUGUGCAAGCUGGGCGGCGUCACCGACUGCAAGCCGGUCAAGGAGUGCGUCUGCGCACCGGACCUAGUACCAAAACUAUCAGAGACCUGCGAGUGCCUCUGCUCCCCCUGCCCGAACACCACCAAGAUCUGUCCGACCAGCCGGCUGUGUCUGCCGCUGGAGAAGUGGUGCGACGGUCUGCUGGACUGUCCGGACGACGAGAUCGGGUGUACCACCUUGGAGCCAUUGGUGGUCACCACAGUCGCGCCUACGGCAGCCGCUGUCGUCACUACUGCUGCCACUGCUACUACCACUCCUAAACCUAAAGAAUGCCCGCCAGUACAAUGCCCGCCCGGCUACAUGAUUCGCUACACGACCAGCCAAUCAGUGUACACGAGUUCCGAGCUUCCCCCACCACGGCCGCGGUACUCUUACCAGCGGUACUUCAGAGGGGGGGCUAAAGGGGGCAGUGGGGGGUAUGCCAAGGGAGGAUAUUCCAAAGGUGGUUUCUCAAAAGGAGGGUUCUCUAAAGGCGGUUUUGGUGGAUAUGGUUCACCAACAGCGAUGCCCCAAGCCAACCGCUUCACACUAGAGAAGCCAAGACUCACCAAUACAAGCCACCAGGCACAAUGUCCCCAGUUCCAGUGCGUGCCCAAGCUCCCCCCACCUCCCAAACCAGGUCACCCCCGCCCCGCCCCCGUGUGCGCCACGCCCGCCUGUCCGGAGAGAUACUCGCUCAAACUGGAGGGAGUCACUGCAGACCAGUGUCCACAAUACGUAUGCGUACCCCCUGUGGAACGCCCCGUGUGGUGCAACGUCACCGGCCGCACUUUCAACACGUUCGACGGCGCGGAGUACAAAUACGACGUCUGCUUCCACAUCCUGGCCAGGGAUAACAAGUUCGACGCCUGGUCGGUGCUCGUCCGCAAGAAGUGCCGCGUGGACGGCUGCCAGAACGAGCUGAUCGUCCACCAAGACGACCAACUCAUAGUCGUCAAACCAAACCUGAUGAUAGAAUACGACAACUACGAGUACACAGUGGAGCAGACCUCCAAGAUCUGCUUCCAGAAGAACAGCUUUGACGUGAACAAACUUGGAAACGGACUUGCUAUCAAAUCUAGGAAAUAUAACUUCACGGUGCUAUACACUACCGAUGGAGACGUUAAGAUCGGGGUGCCAACGAAAUACAAGGGGUCAGUGGACGGCAUGUGCGGCGCCUACGACGGGGACGCGCGCAACGAGCGGCGCAUGCCCGACGGAGCCCUAGCGGCCAGCACGGACCAGUUCGGGCGGGCCUGGGCGCGCCCCGGGCUGCCGCGGGACGCCUGCCGCACCCGCCUCGUCACCGACGAGAGGCAGAGGAACGCGUGGAGACUCUGCGAUGUCAUCACGAAAGAGCCAUUCUCAAAGUGCGGCAAAGUCCUCAACCUGGACAAAUGGCGGACCAUCUGCCUGGAGAAGAUCUGCGAAUGUGAAGAGUUGGUGAUAAACGGCACCAAGAAGUCGUCGGAGCAAUGUCGGUGUAUGUUCCUGGAGUCGCUGGUGGGGGAGUGUCUCGCUGCCGACAGGGACGUCAGCGUGGACGGCUGGAGGAUGCAGAUGGACUGCCCUGCGGAUUGCCCCCCGCCUUUGGUACACAACGACUGCUAUCGCAAGCGCUGCGAGCCGACCUGUUCUGCAUUCGGAGCCACCAAGCCUUGUCCAGUGGAAGACGGGCAAUGCUUCCCCGGCUGCUACUGCCCCGAGGGAACCCUGAGGAAAGGAGACCAGUGUAUCGCUCCAGCUGACUGCUUAGACUGCAACUGCAAAGGUGUUGGCGCACCAGCCAGCUACAUGACAUUCGAAGGGGACGAGUUCCCGUUCCUGGGCAACUGCACCUACCUCGCCUCCCGGGACUCCAACGAAACUGGACAACAUAAGUAUCAGGUUUACGCGACCAACGGCCCAUGCGAAGGAAAAGCAGACGUGACGUGCACUAGAGCUGUGCACAUCAUUUACGAGAAGGAUGUCAUACACGUCACUAAGGACCCCAAUACGAAGAAGUUGCUAAUGACACUGGGCGAGACAGCUGUAUUCAAGUUCCCCCUGAAGAAGGACUGGGUGACAGCGAGCUUGGUGAACAAGCAAGACCUUACGAUUAUGUUGACCGACGUUCAUGUUGAGGUGACAAUACUGCAAUCGAAAAUGGAAUUCAACGUGCGUUUGCCGACACACCUGUACAGCAACCGGACGGAGGGCCUGUGCGGAGUGUGCGGCGGCGCCGAGCCGGUGCUCAUCACCAGGAACGGGACCGUCACCGAUGAUGUCGAUGAGUUCGGUGACAGUUGGCGAGCGACUCCCAACGCGUUGUCGACUCUGAACGUCCCCCCGCAAGCGGAGUGCGGCGCCCCCCCGCCCCCGCCCGCCUGCGCCCCGCCCCCGCCCGAAACCAACCCUUGCUAUGUGUUGUUCAACCCUGAUGUCUUCGGAGCUUGCCAUGCCUUGGUUGACCCUCAAACCUACGUGGACUCCUGCUCAUCAGAUCUUUGCGCGCUGAACUCUACGGAUGCAUGCGACACUCUCCAACGAUACGCCAGCGCUUGUUCCUACCUUGGAGUAUGUCUAGAUUGGAGGACUAAGACCAAAUGUCCUUACAACUGCUCGUUGCCGCUUGUUUACCAGCCGUGUGUGAAAUGUGAGAGAACUUGCGAAAACUACGACGAUCUCAAACAAAACCCGGAGAAAUGUGAUCAGCCCACUGUCGAGGGAUGUUAUUGUCCUGAGGGCCAGGUUCGCGUUAACAACACUUGUAUAGAAGCUAGUAAAUGCUUCCCGUGCGACGCGAAGAAGGAACACUAUGCCGGCGACGAGUGGCAGGAGGACGCGUGCACGAAAUGCACGUGCAGCAAGCUGUCGGGCGGGAACGUCGCGCACGUGUCGUGCAGCACGCAGGCCUGCAGCGCGCCCGUGUGCCGGCACGACGAGGACCUGCUCUCCGAACCUGGAGACGCUGGACAGUGCUGCAAGCAGUACGUGUGCGUUCCGAAGCCCCAAGACAAUCCAGUGUGUGAGGAACCCAAGAAGAUCGUGUGCGGCGCCGGACAAGUACUGAAGCAGAAAACUACGGCUAAUGGCUGCAAGGAGUUCGCUUGUGAAUGCAAACCCGCCAGCGAAUGCGACCCGCUGCCCAAUGAGAACGAGGUGGAGAUCAUGGAGCCGGGCAUGGAGCGGGUUGUGGACAAGAGCGGGUGCUGUCCGCUCGUGAAGAUGCUGUGCCGCAAGGACUCCUGUCCGGGGAAGCCCAGCUGUCCGCAGUUCCACCAGCUGGUCACACAGGACGUGGGGAAAUGUUGCCCGGAGUAUAAGUGUGAGGUGCCUAAAGACAAGUGCAUCGUGAAAUUGGAAUGGGAAGCGGCGCCAAGGGGAGGAGAGAAGGCGAGGGACGUGCCUGAAGUUGUGCUGAAAGACAUGGAGUCCGCCUGGCUGGACGGGCCGUGCCGCUCGUGCCGCUGCGCGGGCGCGGCGGGGGCGGCGGGCGCGGCGGGCGCGGCGGGCGGCGCGCGGCCCGCGUGCGCCGUGUCCGCGUGCGCGGCGCCCGCGCCCGACGCGGGCCGCGUGUGGGAGCCCCGCGCCGUGCCCUUCCGCUGCUGCCCGCGCCACGAGCAGGUGGCCUGCCGCGACGGCGACGACAUCUACCGGGUGGGCGAGAAUUGGACGUCCCCGUACAACUCGUGCGAGUCGUUCCAGUGCAAGCGGCUGGAAGACGGCAACCUUGACAGAGUCACCACGGUCCGGCAUUGCGACGAAGACUGCCAGCCGGGUUGGAAGUACAUCCCGGCGGAGGCGGGCAGCAAGCAAUGCUGCGGUAAAUGCAAGCCCGUGGCGUGCGUCGUGAACGGCGAAGAGAGGCCCAUUGGAGACAAGUGGAUAUCUGAAGAUUUCUGCACCAACUACACGUGUGUCGAUGUCAAUGGGACGCUUCAAGUCCAAUCUAACGACGAGACGUGUCCAGGAGUACCGGAAGCUGUCCGCAAACAGUUCGUGUUGAAAGAAGAGAAGAUCCCGGGCAAGUGCUGCCUCACCAGCGAGCCCGUGGCGUGUCGGGUUGGCGACAAAAUAUACCAAGAAGGCCAGUCAUACCCGACCUCGGACCCAUGUAAAAACAUAACGUGUUCCCGCGACGAGACCGGCCGGCUGUCGCACGUGUCGCACGUCCAGUCGUGCGACAAGUCGUGUCGCCGCGGCUGGAAGUACGUCGAGCGGCCGGGGGAAUGUUGCGGACAUUGUGAACAGGACAUGUGUGUUGUGGAAGACGAGUUGAAGACACCCGGCGACGUGUGGUACUCCCCCGACAACUGCACCACGUACACCUGCGAGAGAGCCGGCCUCGAACUGCAGGUGUCGAUGUCGCGUCAGACUUGCCCCGACGUCAGCGGCUGCGACCCGAGCGACGUCGUCAACGGCACCUGCUGCCCCGUCUGUGUGGAGAAACCCCAAGCUCUAAGCACGUGUGCGCCGGAGGCGAUCCCCGCCGCGGACACGGUGCAGCUGGUGCGCCUGCGCAUGGGCGCGCGCGGGCUCUGCGUCAACCGGGAGCCGGCGCGGGGGCUCACCGAGUGCCGCGGCCACUGCGACUCCGGGACCACGUUCAGCAACGCGUCCUCGAGCCACGUGUCUGCGUGCGCGUGCUGCCAAGCCGUGCGGUUCCGCGCGCUGCCGCUGUGGCUGCACUGCGCGGACGGCAGCCGCCAGCAGCACCGCCUCGCCGUGCCCAGCGAGUGCGCCUGCCGAGGCUGCCGCGAUUGGCAGACUGAUAUCACGGAGACCGGCCCGGGCACCCACAAGCCCGAUAGCUUCGACUACGAGAUUCCCGAAAUAUACCAGCGCUUCGGCAGCCACAAACCUCCGAGGAGGUAGAGAAACAACUCCAGGAUUAAUGAAUACAUAUAGAACAACAUGGACUAAUGAAAAACGCUUUUAAAUUAUGUUUAAACAUGUAUGAAGAUAUGUCAAAAUAAAUCUG